UUGCACUUGCCUUCCCUUGAAGGAGGAAAAACAGAAAAGAGGACAGAAGGAAGACCCAGCUUCUUUACUCCGCAGGAUCAUUACCCAGAAGGAUUCCAGCCAGGAAAGUCUUUCGCUCUAUCCGCACCACUGGGAUAUUCACUCAACACCUUGCUUCUUUAUUUUUUUACUGUCUCGGUUAAUGUGCCAGACUACAACAAUUAUUUAACCAUCACUUGCUCGUGGACUUUCUCAUUCGGACCUGUAUUAGGCCAGAUAAUUUCCCUUGGUCUUUCGUCUUGCUGAUAAGGCCUCUGUUUAUCGCCCACUCUUCUCAAAAAGUCCUGGAUUGAGCAAUAUCCAUUGGAUUUCCUGGAUUCCCUGGAUUUAAUUGUCAUUCAGACUGUGUGCGUGUCCAUACGCUUGACUAGCCCGCGGAUUAUCUGAUUGCCGGUUUUCUCUUCUGUUGCCAUCGUUGUCAACGCUAGGAUUGCCCACUGGACUUAGCCAGGAUCAGACAACUCAUUAUUACUCACUUCCUGGAUUAUUGAUCCCCGGGCGGAAUACCAAGGAUAUAUCAUUGCCGUUGGCUUUUCUAUUUCUCUAUUUCUGAGUCUCCUUUUGGCCACCAUGACUGGACGAGGUUUUGAGCGCCCGGAGCGCCACAAUGAAUACUUUAUCCCGGGAGAUGGGAUCAGCCGAGAAGUCAUCCAAGCCGAUAUCUGCAGAUACCUGGGAAAUGAUGCUCUCGUAAAACCUGGAACACAUCAAGGCCGCUCAGGCUACUUAAUACGAGCUUACCGGAAUCUCACAUCAGAAAUGAUUGCCGACCUGAAAGCCGAUUCUGCUCGUUGGGAACAAGAAGUGGAACGCCGGGCCAAUAUGGGUUAUUCCAGAGGUACUUAUGUUCAAGAUGUACGUAGGUCCCGAAGCCCUAACGAGCUAUCAGGGAGCUAUGUUUCGCCAACCCACGAGCUCCGUUCACAGGGCGGCCCAUCGCCACCAUCGUAUGCCGCAGCACCUGCUCCGUACGUCGACCCAUACGCCCAACAAUCGCAAUAUGGCGCACCGCAAGGUCAGCCAUACGCCACACAAUCUUAUUCAACCUCACAGUCUCCUGGAUAUAACCAAAACCCUUAUACUUCACCCCCACAGCAGAAUCCUUAUUCAGGCCCAGGUCAAGGCCAGCCCCCUAUUUCGGCAUCAGAUGUUCAUCAGCCUGCCUACACCUACAGUAGUACUCCCAGCUAUGGAUAUGAAAGAGGAAAUGCCGCGCCCCGCUAUCCAGGAGCUGGUUAUGAUAAUGAUCCCGAGUACUCUCCUGUCACAACCGGUAUGGGUUACCCUGCUGCCACCGCACCUGCGGAUGCCCGUUUAGGAAUGGAUCCCAGAUAUACUCCAGAGGCUGCCUAUGACCAUAGGACAGGAGCCAGUCGGCCACAGCAGAACAGGGAUCCUCACCGGAGGGCUCGGUAGAUGAACGAGUUUGAUGCUGGCAAAAUUUGUUUCCUUUCACAUUUAUGGGAGCAGUCCCAAUUCGCACCUAAAAUAUAGGAUGUGCCAUGCUUUUCCACGGAUGUUUUGGACCUCUUGGAUUCGAUGAGCCGGUGGUGCGAUAUUUUCGAUUGAUCUUUCAGAAAAGGAUGUUUUAUAAUGCGAUUUCCUAGGAGGAAGGAUGCAUGGUGUCAAUGGAGUCAAAAUUGCUUUAGGGGUAGACCGGUGGAAGCUGUUGGGCUCGGUGAUGUAUGUAUGAAUCGCGUCUCAGGAGCUUUCCAACGGAUGGGACUUGCCAGGAAUAAUGACGAAAAUACGGCGGACUUGCAGCCAUGAUGAAGUUGGCUGUGAGUCACCUCUAAUUGGACGAUUGGAUUACGAAAAGGCGGUGGUCUUUGUUGUUACAUGUGAUGAUUAUGCGUGGAGUUUCCUUUAUCUUCCUGGGAUUUUGUUGACCUUACCGCUGUUGUUGUACAGAAAUUUGGUAUUUGGUUUGGUUGAGCCCCUCGUUGAGAGCCGCCUUGCUUUCAUCCGUCUAAAAUAUCCCUCGGUAUGCCUGUGGGUUGCAUCUGCCAGGAGCUUUGAAGACCUUUUGUUUCCGUGUUGCUUCAUACGGGAUCUACUGGGGUUUGAUGUUGUAGAUACAUGCAUUACAGGCGUUGAACUGUUUGAUACAUUACAAUUGACACAUUCUAUCUGGCCAC